AUGGGGGACAGCAGCUCUGACCAGAGGUGGGGGUUCCUGCAGGACUAUGUGCUGAAGGCUCUGAAGCUGAAAGCUGAGCGCUGGCAAAAAUGCACCGGCACCGAGGAGCACCGGCUUGUGAUCCAGGAGUUUGUGGAGAACAGCGAGCAGACGGUGCUGGUGCUGUCCCUGAACCCAGCAGGGCACCUGGUUCCCAGUCUACAUUUUCCAAACCUCAGCAAAAACAAAGCUGUUUUCUUCGUCAAAAGACACAAAGAGAAACUGACGGCAGACUCCAUGAGGACCAACCUGCUGUUCGGAGACCUGGCUUACUGUCCCCUUGACCAGUUUGCAGCCCUGGUAGACGAGGUGGUCAUGCCAGUUUUAACCAACAGCAGGAAUCAUAACAGCUGGCCCCAAGUUGUCUCUGAAGAUGUCGUGCGGCAUGUGCACAGCCUGAAGAGCAAUGUCUUUGUCGUCGUGGGUCAAGUGAAAGGCAAGACUCUCCUGCCUUUACCCGUGGGAGCAGGGAGAGCUGCAGCUUUGUUUGAAUUGGGAAAAAAUGGGGAUGUCCAAGACAAAGGCAUUGUACAUUCUAUUGAAUCUGUUAUUAUUGCGUGGAGCCACCAGAUCAAUGAGGUGCUAAAGAAAGACUCUUCUGAACCUCUGCUCAAAGGCUGUAAUCCCAACCCAAAUGUGGAGCUGGAGUUCUGGAAAAACAGGUGCACCAACCUGGCAUGUAUUUACGAUCAACUGAAGUCUAGGAAGGUGCAAUUGAUGGUGGAGUUACUGGAGAGGAUGGAGAGCAGCUAUUUCCCAGUGUUCAAAACCAUGUUCAGUGACGUCAUUGCAGCUCUGACUGAGGCGAGGGAUAUUAAUCUACACUUGAAGCCACUCCAGCGCCAUUUCGAGGAUAUUGAGAGUGUGGAGUUCAAUGAGGUGAAGCCCCUGAUUAGCUGCCUCAUGCACUUGAUAUGUCUAAUCUGGGCUAGAUCUAAAUACUACAACACUCCAGCACGUAUCAUUGUCCUCCUACAGGAGAGCUGCAACCUCCUCAUUCAACAGUCUCGCACUUAUCUCAAUCCAGAAGACAUUUUGAAAGGUGAAGUGGAGGAAAGCUUGAGCAAAGUACAGGAGGCUAUCGAGAUCCUGUGUCUGUUCAAGCAAAUGUAUGAGGAAAAGCGAGGAAAUCUGCAGAUGUACUACAAGGAAGAUGAAAACGUGAAAGAGUGGGACUUUAACUCUCUCCUGAUCUUCACCCGAAUGAAUUCCUUCCUUGACAGACUUCAGCAGAUUGAGGACUUCUUGGUGACAGCACAAGAUAUAUUUAAACUGGAAAAGCUUGAAUUCGGAGGGAUUCGUGGCAAGAUUCUGAGCCAGCAGGUGGCAAGAAUUUAUGAGGAAUUCCAAGAGAUGUAUAAAACUUUUACAGACCAUACUUAUGAUUGUUUGGAUCCUGCUAACCAGGAAUUUGCAAAAGAUUUUUCGGUUUGGAAGCAGAAAGUUGAGGACUUUGACCGCCGCCUGGCGACUAUUUUCGGUCAGGCUUUCGAUGAUGCGCCUGCUUUGGAGCAUGCUUUCAAGCUACUGGAUAUGUUUGGCAGCCUCCUCGAGAGGCCUCUAAUAGCAGCCGACGCAUCUGACAAAUACCCUCGCCUUAUUGUCAUGUACACGAAAGAACUGGAUGAUGUCAAGCACAUUUAUAACAGGCAGAUGGAAAAAGCAGCGGAGUUUGGAUUCCCGCCUACGAACAAGAACAUGCCAGCUGUAGGGGGUGGAUUGCGCUGGGCACUGGAAUUAAGAGAACGGAUUCAGGUGCCAUUUAAUUGCUUCAAGAGUAUCUCACACCCGUGCAUGGACUGUUCUGAAGGCAAACAAAUGAUUCGGAAAUAUGAAGAAAUGAUGGAACUCCUAGAUAUGUAUGAAGCAAAGCUGUAUUUAGAAUGGUCUGCCACAGUUGCUGAAAAGUCUCAAUAUAAUCUCACUCAACCUCUCCUCAAACGAGAUCCAGAGACAAAACUGAUCUCAGUGAACUUUGAUCCUCAGCUGGUCUCAGUCUUACGAGAAGUUAAAUACUUAGAGGCACGUCAUACAGUAAACAUUCCUGACGCUGCUGCUGAAAUCUACGCCAUGAAAGAAUCAUACCGACAAUAUGUAGCCACCUUGGACCUGACGACGAACUGGUACAACAAAGUCCAAACAUCUGUCCUAGGGGUGGAAUUCCCCCUCAUAGAGGACCAGGUGAAACGGAUUGACUCCAAAUUAAAGGAGGCAGAAGAGUCGCUGAACUGGAAGAAUGAAGGGAUCUGGGAUUACAUCCAAGCAGUUCGAGAUAUGGUUCAUGAUUUGGAGAGCCGAGUGCAGAAAACAAAAGACAAUGUCACUGCAAUACGGAAUAUUAUGAAGACGUGGGUGUCUCCCUUGUUUGAGAGGAAGGAAGGGAAAAAGGAUACCCUUCUCAAUCUGGAUGACAAGAAUGAACGACUUGAAAAGCGCUACAGUUUAAUUCAACAAACUGGUGAAAAGAUCCACUCAUUGGUGAAGGAAAAUCUGAGUCUAUUCCAAGCAGAUGAAACUUCAAGUGACUGGAAGGCAUAUGUUGACUACAUUGAUGAAAUGGUCAUUGAUGGUUUCUUCAAUGCUAUUGAAUCCUCUCUGAAUUACUUUACAGAAAAUACUGAUCCUAAUGCAGGAUUUGCGCCAUUGUUUGAAGCCCAGUUAGAUUUGGUCUCGCUAGACUUGGUUUUCCGUCCAUCUCUUGAGAUAGGCACCAGCGACAGCUUCUAUGACAUGGUCGAUGGACUGAUUAAUGAUGUUUUCAAGAUAUCGUCCUUGGUACCCAGGUUGGCAGAACACAACACCUUCCCUCACUAUCAGGCUGAUAUGGAAGACAUGGCUGACCUGGUAGACAUGCGUCAAAACCUGAUGGACAGCAUACAACAAGUCAUGGCAAAAUGCUGCAACUAUCAGAAUUCCUUUGAGCAGUAUGCUUAUCUGUGGGUUGACGACCGCAAGGAGUUUAUGCGUCAAUUCCUUCUCUAUGGACACGUUCUUACUGCUGAAGAAAUUGAGGCUCAUGCAGAAGAUGGUGUGCCAGAAAGUCCCCCAACACUCGAGCAGUAUAAAGAACAAGUCGACUCUUACGAAAAGAUCUAUGAUGAGGUGAAUCAUUUGGAGUCCAUCAACAUAUUUGACAGCUGGAUGCGAAUUGAUGCCAGACCGUUCAAGUCUGCUCUGUUGAAUAUCAUUAAGAAAUGGAGCCUUAUGUUCAAACAACACCUGAUUGACCAUGUAACAAACAGUCUGACUGAUCUCCAAGCAUUUAUCAAGAUAGCGGAAGGAGGUUUACGCCAGAAGGUUGAAGAAGGUGAUUUGAGUGGCCUCAUUCAUGUUAUGGGCCACCUCAUGGCUGUGAAAGAGAGACAGGUUACAACUAAUGAGAUGUUUGAGCCCCUUAAACAGACCAUAGAACUCCUGAAGACCUAUGAACAGGAAUUACCUGAAGAUGUGUACAGGCUCCUGGAGGAACUUCCAGAGAAGUGGAAUAACAUUAAGAAGUUAGCAAUCACAACAAAACAACAGGUGGCACCUCUUCAGGCCAAUGAAGUGACAGUCCUUCGUAAGAAAUGUGCGAGUUUUGACGUGGAACAGCACAAAUUCCGUGAGCGAUUUCGUAAGGAAGCACCAUUCAGGUUCAACAGUAUGCAGCCUUACCAGAUGUUGGAUGUUGUCCAUUGUCACAUCAGCCAAAUGGAAGCAACCAUGCACAGCAUUAUUGAAUCUGCCAGUUUAUUUGAGGUUAACGUGUCAGAUUACAAACAACUAAAACAGUGCAGAAAGGAAGUGUAUCUGCUGAAAGAACUCUGGGAUAUGAUUGUUCUAGUGGAUUCAAGUUUGAAUGACUGGAAGACUACAAAAUGGAGGGAAAUCAAUGUUGAAAACAUGGAAAUGGAAUGUAAAAGAUUUGCUAAAGAUAUCCGUGCUUUGGAUAAGGAGGUAAGGGCAUGGGAUGCUUUCACUGGGCUGGACAACACAGUGAAGAACAUUUUGACUUCAUUACGGGCUGUAGCUGAACUUCAGAACCCAGCUAUUCGGGACAGACAUUGGUAUCAACUAAUGCAGGCUACAAAUGUGACAUUCACAAUGGAUGAUCGCACAACUCUAGCUGAUCUCCUGAAACUGAACCUGCACAACUUUGAAGAUGAGGUCCGUGGAAUUGUUGACAAGGCGGUGAAAGAAAUGGGCAUGGAGAAAGUGCUGAAGGAACUGAACACGACCUGGAGCACCAUGGAAUUUCAAUAUGAAAGCCACUCACGCACUUCUGUUCCAUUACUCAAAUCUGAUGAAGAGCUUAUUGAGACCUUGGAGGACAACCAAGUCCAGCUGCAGAACCUGAUGACUUCCAAGUAUAUAGCCUUUUUUCUGGAGGAGGUGUCUAGCUGGCAGAAGAAGUUGUCUGUAGCUGACUCAGUCAUUUCUGUUUGGUUUGAGGUGCAGCGCACAUGGUCCCACCUUGAAAGCAUCUUCAUUGGAUCUGAAGAUAUUCGAUCACAAUUGCCUGAGGAUUCGAAGCGCUUUGAUGGAAUUGAUGUAGAUUUUAAAGAGCUGGCUUGGGAUGCUCAGCGAACUCCAAAUGUAGUGGAAGCUACUAACAAACCAGGAUUGUGCGAAAAGCUUGAAGACAUCCAGAGCAGACUGGCUCUCUGUGAAAAAGCACUUGCAGAAUAUCUCGACACUAAAAGACUGGCAUUCCCCAGGUUUUAUUUCAUUUCCUCUGCUGAUUUGUUGGAUAUUCUGUCUAAUGGCACAAACCCUCAUCUGGUUCAGCGUCACCUGUCCAAAUUAUUUGACAACAUGGCAAGUAUGAAAUUCCAGACUGAGGCAGAUGAUAAGCCAACUAAAAUGGCUUUAGGGAUGUACAGCAAGGAGGACGAGUAUGUGAACUUCAAAGAGUUGUGUGACUGCAGUGGGCAGGUUGAGAUCUGGUUGAAUCGGGUGCUGGAUUCCAUGCGAGAGACAGUUAGGCAUGAAAUGACUGAAGGUGUAGUGGCCUAUGAGGAGAAACAGAGAGAUCAAUGGCUUUUUGAUUACCCAGCUCAGGUAGCACUUAGUUGCACCCAGAUUUGGUGGACUACAGAAGUUGGUAUUUCCUUUGCCAGACUGGAGGAAGGGUAUGAAAAUGCCAUGAAGGAGUACUACAAAAAACAGGUGAACCAGCUGAACACGCUCAUUACCAUGCUCAUUGGCCAACUCUCGAAAGGUGACCGGCAGAAGAUCAUGACCAUCUGCACAAUAGAUGUCCAUGCUCGCGAUGUUGUCGCAAAGAUAAUAGCUCAGAAGGUUGACAACUCACAGGCCUUCGUCUGGCUCUCCCAGCUUCGCCAUCGCUGGGACGAUGAAACAAAACAUUGCUUUGCCAACAUUUGCGAUGCCCAGUUUUUGUAUUCCUAUGAAUAUCUGGGUAACACCCCUCGACUGGUAAUUACACCACUGACAGACAGAUGUUACAUCACUUUGACCCAGUCUCUGCACCUGACAAUGAGUGGAGCUCCAGCUGGGCCCGCAGGAACAGGGAAGACUGAAACCACCAAGGACUUGGGCCGAGCACUGGGAAUCAUGGUCUACGUUUUUAACUGCUCUGAACAGAUGGAUUACAAGUCCUGUGGUAAUAUUUACAAAGGUCUGGCGCAGACUGGUGCCUGGGGCUGCUUUGAUGAGUUCAACAGGAUCUGCGUUGAGGUGCUGUCUGUGGUAGCUGUGCAGGUGAAAUCCAUUCAGGAUGCAAUCCGAGACAAAAAGAAACGCUUUAACUUCAUGGGUGAAGAGAUCAAUCUAACUCUAUCGGUUGGCAUCUUUAUCACAAUGAAUCCUGGUUACGCAGGACGUACAGAACUUCCUGAGAACUUGAAGGCUCUUUUCAGACCCUGUGCUAUGGUGGUGCCAGACUUUGAGCUGAUCUGUGAAAUUAUGCUGGUCGCAGAAGGGUUCAUUGAAGCGAGGUUGUUAGCCAGGAAGUUCAUCACCCUGUAUCAACUUUGUAAAGAACUGCUUUCGAAACAGGAUCACUAUGACUGGGGACUUCGAGCAAUCAAAUCAGUACUGGUUGUAGCUGGCUCACUGAAGAGAGGUGACCCAGGCCGCCCUGAAGACCAAGUCCUGAUGCGUGCUCUUCGAGACUUCAACAUUCCAAAGAUAGUCACCGAUGACAUGCCGAUUUUCAUGGGCCUGAUCAGUGAUCUUUUCCCAGCACUGGAUGUACCCAGGAAGAGAGACCUUCCCUUUGAAAGUCUUGUGAAGCAGUCUAUCCUGGACCUUAAAUUGCAGGCUGAGGACAACUUUAUCUUGAAAGUUGUCCAGUUAGAAGAGAUGCUUGAAGUGAGACACUCUGUCUUUGUUGUGGGCAACGCUGGAACAGGCAAGUCACAGGUCCUGAAGUCCUUAUAUAAGACUUACCAGAAUAUGAAACGCCGACCAGUCUGGGCUGAUCUUAAUCCUAAGGCUGUUACUAAUGAUGAGCUCUUUGGAAUCAUCAACCCAGCAACCAGAGAGUGGAAGGAUGGGCUCUUCUCAUGUAUCAUGCGUGAUCUGGCAAACGUAACUCAUGAUGGUCCCAAAUGGAUUGUGCUCGAUGGUGACAUUGAUCCUAUGUGGAUUGAAUCUCUUAACACUGUCAUGGAUGAUAAUAAGGUUUUGACAUUGGCCAGUAAUGAACGGAUCCCUCUUAAUCCAACCAUGAGACUUCUGUUUGAAAUUAGUCACUUACGAACUGCAACCCCAGCCACUGUUUCGAGAGCAGGGAUCUUGUACAUUAAUCCUGCUGAUCUCGGCUGGAACCCCCCAGUUAGCAGUUGGAUUGACAAACGAGAGGUCCAGUCCGAGAAAGCGAACCUGACUAUCUUAUUUGAGAAAUACCUGCCUUUGUGCCUGGAUACUCUUCGGACAAGAUUUAAGAAGAUCAUCCCAGUCCCAGAGCAGAGUAUGGUUCAGAUGCUUUGCUACUUAUUAGAGUGCUUGUUGACAAAGGAAAACACUCCACCAGACUGCCACAAGGAUCUCUAUGAACUCUAUUUCAUUUUUGCCGCUAUCUGGGCCUUUGGUGGUGCAAUGUUUCAGGACCAGCUUAUUGACUACAGAGUGGAGUUCAGUAAGUGGUGGACAUCAGAGUUCAAGACCGUCAAAUUCCCAUCGCAUGGCACCGUUUUUGAUUAUUACAUUGACUCAGAGACAAAGAAAUUUGAGCCCUGGUCCAAGCUGAUUCCAAAAUUCAAUCUUGAUCCUGACAUUCCUUUGCAGGCGUGUUUGGUGCACACCAUAGAGACGAUUCGUAUCCGUUACUUCAUGGAGAAGCUGUUGGAUAGACGCCGACCUGUCAUGCUUGUGGGCAAUGCUGGGACAGGGAAAUCCGUGCUGGUGGGUGAGAAACUUGGAUCGCUGGAUCCUGAUGAGCACAUGGUGAAGAAUGUACCAUUUAAUUACUACACUACCUCUGCCAUGCUACAAGCCAUACUGGAAAAGCCCCUUGAGAAGAAAGCGGGCAGAAAUUACGGGCCACCAGGCACGAAAAGAUUGAUAUACUUUAUUGAUGACAUGAACAUGCCUGAAGUCGACACUUAUGGCACUGUUCAGCCGCAUACACUUAUCAGGCAACAUUUGGAUUAUAAUCACUGGUAUGAUCGAAACAAACUUUCACUGAAAGAGAUCCACAAUGUGCAAUAUGUGUCCUGUAUGAAUCCCACGGCCGGCAGCUUCACCAUUAACCCUCGCCUGCAGCGCCACUUCUGUGUGUUUGCUCUGUCGUUUCCUGGCGUGGAUGCUCUUGCAACAAUCUACAGUACCAUUCUGUCCCAGCAUCUCAAGCUCGGUAACUUUGCUGGGCCACUGCAGAAAUCUACACAGCAGCUAAUCAACCUUGCCCUAGCACUGCAUCAGAAAGUGGCUUCUACCUUUCUGCCAACGGCCAUUAAAUUCCAUUACAUCUUCAACCUGCGGGAUCUGUCGAACAUCUUUCAGGGCAUUCUUUUCAGUACAACUGACUGUUUGAAAACUCCUCAAGACCUGGUCAAGCUAUAUCAGCAUGAAUCUAAUCGUGUCUACAGGGAUAAGAUGGUAGAAGAGAGAGACUUCAGCAUCUUUGAUAAAAUCCAGACUGAAUUAGUGAACAAGUUGUUUGAUGACAUGCAGGAGACAUUGGAACAGACUAAGAUUAUGAACAUGUAUUGUCACUUUGCCUGUGGGAUUGGAGAACCAAAGUACAUGCCUGUCCAGGACUGGGAGUCUCUAAACAAAAUCCUGAUGGAAGCUCUGGACAGUUAUAACGAACUGAAUGCUGCCAUGAGCUUAGUUCUUUUUGAGGAUGCCAUGAGCCAUAUUUGCCGGAUUAACCGGAUCUUGGAGUCUCCGAGAGGAAAUGCCUUGCUUGUUGGCGUUGGUGGGAGUGGGAAACAGAGUCUGACAAGGCUUGCAGCUUACAUCAGUUCCUUAGAGGUCUUCCAGAUCACUUUAAGAAAAGGCUACAACAUUCCUGACCUGAAGACUGACCUUGGUAGCCUGUACUUAAAUGCUGGAGUCAAGAAUUUGGGCACUGUAUUCCUAAUGACGGAUGCUCAAGUGGCUGAUGAAAAGUUUUUAGUUCUCGUGAAUGACCUACUUGCAUCAGGUGAAAUUCCUGACUUGUUACCUGAUGAAGAGGUGGAAAAUAUUAUUAACAAUGUACGGAAUGAAGUCAAAGGAUUGGGAUUGAUAGACACCAGGGAAAAUUGCUGGAAAUUCUUCAUAGAUCGUGUCAGGAGGCAACUAAAGGUCGCUUUGUGUUUCUCACCUGUCGGUAACAAGCUGCGUAUCCGUGGUCGGAAGUUCCCUGCUGUCGUGAACUGCACUGCAAUAGAUUGGUUCCAUGAAUGGCCCCGAGAGGCUUUGGAGUCUGUCAGCCUGCGUUUCUUACAAGAGACUGACAAUGUCGAUCCUGCAAUAAAAGAUUCUGUCAGCAAGUUUAUGGCAUAUGUCCACAUUACUGUCAAUGAGAUAUCCAAGUCCUACUUAGCAAAUGAGCGGCGUUACAAUUAUACUACACCCAAGUCCUUCCUUGAACAGAUCAAGCUAUAUCAGAAUUUGCUGGCUAAGAAGAGCAAAGAACUUACAGCCAAGAUGGAGCGUUUGGAGAAUGGACUGGAGAAGCUGAACAGUACAUCAGCACAGGUUGAUGAUCUGAAAGCUAAACUGGCUGCGCAGGAAGUUGAGCUGAAGCAGAAAAAUGAAGAUGCUGACAAGCUGAUUCAAGUAGUGGGAGUCGAAACCGAGAAGGUGAGCAAAGAAAAAGCCUUUGCAGAUGGGGAAGAACAGAAGGUGGCUCUCAUUGCUGAGGAGGUUACCCGGACACAGAAAGACUGUGAGGAGGAUUUAGCAAAAGCUGAACCUGCCCUUGUUGCUGCUCAGCAAGCGCUGAACACUCUAAAUAAGAAUAAUCUGACAGAAUUGAAGUCCUUCGGCUCACCUCCCUCAGCUGUGACAAAUGUCACAGCAGCCGUGUUGGUGCUGACAGCAGUCGGAGGCAAAGUGCCCAAGGACCGCAGCUGGAAGUCAGCGAAGGUCAUGAUGGCAAAGGUCGACGGGUUCCUCGAUUCCCUCAUCAACUUCAAAAAGGAGAACAUCCACGAGAAUUGCCUUCGAGCCAUUCAGCCAUACCUGCAUGACCCAGAAUUCAAUCCAGACUUCAUUGCGUCCAAGUCUCUUGCUGCUGCUGGCCUUUGUUCCUGGGUUGUCAAUAUUGUGAAAUUUUACGAAGUCUAUUGUGAUGUUGAACCCAAGCGACAAGCUUUGAACAAAGCCAAUGCAGAAUUAGCUGCUGCCCAGGAAAAACUAGCUGUCAUCAAAGCCAAGAUAUCUCAAUUGAAUGCAAACCUAGCUAAACUAACAGCGAAAUUUGAACAGGCGACUGCAGAUAAACUGAAAUGCCAGCAAGAAGCUGAAUCGACUGAACGUACCAUUGCCCUUGCCAAUCGACUGGUUGGUGGCCUGGCCUCAGAAAAUGUACGUUGGGCUGAAGCUGUGCGUAACUUCAAACAACAGGAGAGCAUGCUGUGUGGAGAUGUGCUCCUCAUCACUGCCUUUGUUUCAUAUCUGGGCUAUUUCACAAAGAGGUACAGGCAGGAGCUAAUGGAUGGGAUGUGGAAGCCUUAUCUUGGAGAACUCAAAGUUCCGAUCCCUGUAACGUCUGACUUGGAUCCCUUGACCAUGCUGACAGAUGAUGCUGAUGUUGCGACCUGGCAGAAUGAAGGCCUCCCAGCUGACAGAAUGUCCACGGAGAAUGCAACCAUCUUGACCAACUGUGAGCGCUGGCCACUUGUGAUCGAUCCCCAACUGCAGGGUAUCAAGUGGAUCAAGAACAAGUAUGGAGAGGAUCUCCGAGUCAUCAGGAUCGGCCAGAGAGGGUACUUAGAUAUUAUGGAGAAUGCUCUUGGGGCAGGUGAAGCAGUGCUAAUUGAAAAUUUGGAAGAAUCAGUAGACCCUGUACUGGGUCCUUUAUUGGGUCGAGAAACCAUUAAAAAGGGCAGAUGCAUUAAAAUCGGAGACAAGGAAUGUGAGUACAAUUCAAGUUUCCGGCUCAUUCUUCACACUAAGUUGGCAAACCCUCAUUACCAGCCUGAGAUGCAGGCCCAGUGUACACUUAUUAACUUCACUGUUACAAGAGAUGGCUUGGAAGACCAGCUUCUGGCUGCAGUUGUCAGUAUGGAAAGGCCAGACUUGGAAGAAUUGAAGUCCAACCUCACAAAGCAGCAGAACGGCUUCAAAAUCACCUUGAAAACCUUGGAGGACAACCUGCUUUCCCGCCUUUCCUCUGCUUCUGGAAACUUCCUUGGAGACACGGCCUUGGUAGAAAAUCUGGAGACCACCAAGAGGACAGCAGCCGAGAUUGAAGAGAAGGUUAAAGAGGCCAAAGUAACGGAGCUAAAGAUCAAUGAGGCACGCGAACACUACCGACCUGCAGCAGGACGAGCUUCUCUGUUGUACUUUAUAAUGAAUGACCUCAAUAAAAUCCACCCCAUGUACCAGUUCUCUUUGAAGGCCUUUAGUGUUGUGUUCCAAAUGGCUGUGAACAGAGCGCCAGCUGAUGAAGUCCUCAAGCAGAGAGUGGCCAAUUUGAUUGACAGCAUCACAUUUUCCGUGUUCCAAUACACAACGAGAGGACUGUUUGAAUGUGAUAAACUGACCUAUACAGCUCAGGUUACCUUCCAGAUUCUUCUGAUUAACAAAGAAAUUAACCCAAACGAGCUGGACUUCCUGCUUCGAUAUCCAGCACAGCCAGGGCUCUCAAGUCCCGUGGAUUUCCUUUCCAACCAGUCAUGGGGUGGCAUUAAGGCAUUGUCAACUAUGGAUGAGUUUCGAAACCUUGACCGUGAUAUUGAAGGCUCUGCCAAGCGAUGGAAGAAGUUUGUCGAGUCUGAAUGUCCAGAAAAAGAGAAGUUUCCACAAGAAUGGAAGAACAAAACAACUUUACAGCAACUGUGUAUGAUGAGGGCAUUGCGCCCUGAUCGAAUGACCUAUGCAGUCCGAGAUUUUGUUGAAGAAAAGUUGGGCACCAAGUAUGUUGGAGGAAGGUCAUUGGAUUUUUCAACAUCCUUUGAAGAGUCUGGUCCUGCCAUACCAAUGUUUUUUAUCCUUUCUCCUGGUGUCGAUCCACUCAAGGAUGUAGAAAGACAUGGUAAAAAGCUGGGUUGGACAUUCGAUAAUAAAAACUUCCACAAUGUCUCACUUGGCCAAGGACAGGAGGUGGUAGCUGAACAAGCUCUCGACCUGGCAGCCAAAGAAGGUCACUGGGUUAUUUUACAGAAUAUCCAUCUGGUGGCGAAGUGGCUCAGUAUUCUGGAGAAGAAAAUGGAGCAGCAUAGCGAGGGCAGCCAUGAGAAUUUCCGUGUCUUCAUCAGUGCAGAGCCGGCUCCCUCACCUGAGGGCCACAUCAUCCCUCAGGGGAUCCUGGAGAACUCCAUCAAGAUCACCAAUGAACCACCAACAGGGAUGCAUGCUAACUUGCACAAGGCCUUGGAUAACUUCAGUCAGGACACACUGGAGAUGUGUGCUCGUGAGAAUGAGUUCAAGAGCAUUCUCUUCGCUCUUUGCUAUUUCCAUGCAGUUGUGGCGGAGAGACGCAAAUUUGGGCCUCAGGGUUGGAAUCGUUCUUACCCAUUCAACACAGGCGACCUCACCAUUUCGGUCAAUGUACUGUACAACUACCUGGAGGCAAAUGCAAAGGUCCCCUAUGAUGACCUGCGCUAUCUGUUUGGUGAGAUUAUGUAUGGAGGACACAUCACAGAUGAUUGGGACAGACGGCUAUGCAGAACUUACCUGGAGGAAUUUAUUAAGCUAGAGAUGAUGGAAGGAGAAGUGCUAUUGGCAGCAGGAUUUCCUCUCCCUCCUAACCUGGACUACAAUGGCUAUCAUCAGUACAUUGAUGAUUUGCUUCCACCUGAAUCUCCCUACCUGUAUGGUCUCCACCCAAAUGCAGAGAUUGGGUUCCUGACACUAACCUCAGAGAAGCUCUUCCGUACUGUGCUGGAAAUGCAGCCCAGGGACAGCAGCGGAAGAGAAGGGGGAGCGACCACACGAGAAGAAAAGGUAAAGGCUACUUUGGACGAGGUGAUGGAAAAGUUGCCUGAGGAGUUUAACAUCGCAGAGUUGAUGAGCAAGGCAGAGGAGCGGACUCCCUAUGUUGUCGUGGCUUUUCAGGAGUGUGAGCGAAUGAACAAUCUUACCUCAGAGAUUAAGCGCUCACUUAAGGAGUUGGACUUGGGGUUAAAGGGAGAACUGACCAUGACAAGUGACAUGGAGAACCUUCUAAGUUCCAUCUUCUUUGAUCAAAUACCAGAUUCCUGGAGUAAACGAGCCUAUCCAUCAAUGGCCGGGCUAGCCAACUGGUUUGUUGACCUCCUCGGCCGCAUUAAGGAACUGGAAACUUGGACAUCUGAUUUUGCCAUCCCUUCUGCAGUGUGGCUGGCUGGCUUUUUCAACCCCCAGUCUUUCCUCACGGCCAUCAUGCAGUCCAUGGCUCGGAGGAAUGAAUGGCCUUUAGACAAAAUGUGUCUUCAGUGCGAUGUGACAAAGAAGACUCGUGAGGACUGCAGUGGUCCACCUCGUGAAGGGAGCUACAUACACGGUCUGUUCAUGGAGGGCGCACGCUGGGAUUCUCAGGGUGGAAUUAUUGCUGAUGCACGUUUGAAGGAACUGACGCCAACAAUGCCGGUAAUUUUCAUCAAAGCUAUUCCCGUGGACAAGCAGGAUACUCGCAACUUGUACCCAUGCCCAGUCUAUAAAACCCGCCUUCGAGGCCCGACCUACGUCUGGACAUUCAACCUGAAAACCAAGGAAAAGCCAUCCAAGUGGGUGCUGGCUGGAGUUUCACUGCUUCUGCAGAUCUAAGCAGGACAGUUUGUUCCUUCUUCCCAACACUGACAGGAAAGACUACUCAAUAAUUCACACUUGAAUUUAGAUCUCUCAAUUCAGUAUAAAGAUUAAUAGAUUUUUUUGUGAGCAAUAUUAAUAGAAAUGAUUUAACAGGGUUUAACAGUUCUGUGAAUACUUGGAGCAAAUUUUGCACUUUAGUUGUGAUUUCUCAAUUUGAGUCACAUACGAAUAUAAUUUGUUACUCUCAUAUAUGUGUAACUUAA